AUGUCAAUCAGCCAGAACGCGGGCCAAUUCAAACAGAAACAACAACUGGGUAAACAGGGUCAAGAACCGGUCAACUUUCCACCGCGGUACCAUCCGCCGCCGACCGCCGCGACGGGCUCGAAGCUGGCCACAGUCGACGCAGCCGCCAAGGAGUACAAGCCACCGUACGCCGGCAAAGCUAUCGACCCCAACAAGAUCCAGUAUCCCCCCGGCGUGCACACCGCUGCACCGGGCCCAUAUCAAGGGUAUCCUCACUUAAAAUAUCCCCAAGGCUACCCUCAGGGUUACCCCGUGCCGCCAGCGGCUCUGCGCGUGCUACGGUCCGGCGGUGAGAUCGUGACGAAGGCCAUCGUGCAUGAGCCCGUGGAGGCAACGGCGCGCGCACGCAGCGCCGACGACACGCAGAGGCCGCAGCACAAUUUAGACGAGGAGCUAAUACAUAGGAGGUCCGCCGACAUGCUCAAGUUCACGAAGCGCAUCGAAGCCGAGGGCCCGCGCGCCUCCAUCGACCAGAGGCGGCAACUUCAGGCGCUUUUGGACGAGAUCAAAGCGCUGAAAGAGGCCAACCGCCGCCUGAGCGAGGACAAUCAGGAGCUGCGCGACCUGUGCUGCUUCCUAGACGACGACCGCCAGAAAGGCAGGAAGCUGGCCCGCGAAUGGCAGCGCUUCGGCAGGUACACCGCGUCCGUCAUGCGCCAAGAGGUGUCCGCGUAUCAGAGUAAGUUGCGCGAGCUCGACGACAAACAGCAAGAGCUGAUUCGGGACAAUCUGGAGUUGAAGGAGCUGUGUCUGUAUCUGGACGAGGAAAGGGAGAGGAGCGCAUGCGUCAACUGCGGCCGGGCGGCUGGCAGGGAGCGCGAUGACGGCGAUGGUAGCAGUAGUGGUACUAACGCGGAAGAAGGCCCUCGUCCCACCAACCCCACCGUCCCGAUUACGCAUCCCCAGCUCGCGGAGCGAACGGUGCAGUACGUUCGCGACUUAGAGCAGAAAGUGCGCCGCUUGGAGGCUGAAAAGGGGGUGGGCAGUGGCCUCAACGAGAGACCAGAGGCGGUGGUUCGCGCCCUUCAGGUUUUGGAGGUGCGGGAGCGGGUGGAAAGGGAGAGACGGCGACCCGCACCAGAUUUGGACACGGGGGAGCAGGCAUUGGUGCGCGAAAUGUGUAACGUUGUGUGGGGUAAGUUAGAGGACGCCCCACCGCAGGCGCCUCCACGU